AUACAAAAAUGUACCAUUUCGCGUCGGGCCGUCUUAUUAUUCACAAUGAUGUACUAUAAGGAGAUAAUUAUUUUAAUACAUUUCUACUUAUAUUUACAAUCGUGUUUUGUGGAUGGUGCAGUGAAAAGCAGUCUCGUAUUUGUUAUCGAUGAUACAGCUUCUAUGGCGGAGGAAAUUGAUGGAGUAAAGCAAAGGACGUACGAAGUUUUCGACGCUGUUCUGUCAUCAAAUGGAUCGGCGAUUGACGAUUUUGUUUUAGUCACAUUUAAUGAUCCGGGUAUUGAGUUACGGAUUGUUACCAGAGACAAAUAUGCAUAUAAAAGAAAAGUACAGAACAUCCAAAUCCACGGCGGGGAUGACUGCCCGGAGUUAGCGAUGUCCGGAAUCGAACUAGCACUUGAAAAUAGCAAACCAAAUUCUUUUAUCUACGUGUUUACGGAUGCAUCUGCUAAGGAUUAUGACAAGUUCGAGCGGGUUAAAAGCUUAAGUCAGAAAAAGUCAUCCCAGGUCACCUUUUUGUUGACUGGUUUAUGUGAUGAUACCACAACGCCAGACUAUGUUGUAUUUGAAAAACUGUCAGAGGCUACUUCGGGACAGGUGUUCAAUAUAGAACGCGAUGAUGUAAAUAAGGUUAUUGAUUACAUUAUAGAAAUGAUAAAACAUAAGAAAACUACACUGGACAAAAAAACCUUUCGAAUUGGUGAUUCGAAUAAACAUAUGACGUUUACAGUAGACAGUAAAAUAUGGGACGUGAUGGUUUCUGUAUCGGCUGCUCAUCCAGAGUUCCGUAUAUUGGGACCUGAUAAUACUGAAGUGACGGUCGAAAAAAUUACGGCCACGGCCACCACAUCUAUUGGCAAACUGAAGACAAAACCUGGCGUCUACAAGAUCAUCUUGAAUAGUGAUGACAGCAGUAAGCCGACAUCAGUGGUUAUAACUGGAUCUACAUCAGUGACAUUCCGACAUGGCUUUUCUCCGUUUAUACCAUCGACUAUUAACGAGACCUCUACCAAGCCUAUUCCAGAUCAGCUAUCUUUUUUAUCAAUUGAAUUAGAAAACAAUAAAAGGGAUGUUUUAUUGAAAACGGUUGAAUUAAGAGAUGUAAAUGACCGUAUGGUUAUUGAGCUACCUUUGAAGAUGGUGGAUGAUGACCAACAAUUCUACAUUACCCAAGUUUUAUACCCACCUACAGGUCCAUUUAAAAUAGUGGUACAUGGAUACAUACCCUCAAACGAAAAGAUCACCAGGACAUCACCAACAACUGUGGAAUAUCAAAAACCUAAUCUGACAAUAGAAACAGUAAACAACUUGGCACCUAAAGUCACCAUUUUAGGAGAAGCCACAAUGAAUGCAGAAUAUAAAAAGCCUUUAAAUAUACAUUGUAAAGUGAUGGCAUAUCCUGCGCCAGACGUAAUAUAUUGGCUGGAUGAAAAAGGCAUAUACUUAUCUUUAACGCCAAUUGCAGUUGAUCUGCCUUAUGAAUACAUAAGUAUUCUUGCCUUACCCAAGGUAGAAGAGAAUAGGACACUAACUUGUAUGGCAAAUAAUACUAUGGGACAGGAUAAAGCUUCCGUUAAUAUUGAAAUCAAAUCUUUCUUCAAUGUACUUGAAUAUCCGACUGACACAACUAUAGAAUAUGGAACAACAGCACAGUUAAAACUGAAGAUAGAGUCAAUGCCAACCGCUACUAUUACUUGGCAUAAAGAUGAUGACGUAUUAAGGAACAGUGAAUAUUUUACUAUUUCUGAUGACAACAGUACUUUAACAAUUAAAGAUAUGCAACCAGAAAUGACAGGCAGUUAUUCUGUUGAAGCAACGAAUGGUUUUAAUGCAAAACAAUUUGAUUUUGAAGUAUUUUUAUCGGCGGCAGAACCUCCCAAAAUGGACUCAAGCACGACUAGUGAAUACCGAGUUGAAAAAGGCUCCAGUGCAGAAUUAUCAUGCAGAAUAAUAAGUGGCAAGCCAGAACCGAAAUUUUACUGGUCAUUUGAUCAAAACUAUACCGGUGUUUUUGAAAUAGUAAAAAUAACUGAUACCAGCAGCAAGGAAAGUAGCUAUAAUAUCGACAAAAUUGACCCAAAAGCUGCUGGGGCUUACAAAUGCACAGCCUAUAAUGAUUUUGGAGAAGAUUCUCGAGAAAUGGAUCUAUUCGUUGAAUAUCCACCAACUGUAGAAAUUGAUGACGCAUACCAGUAUAAAGAAUCAAUGAGGACAGGCGAAUUAAUACAAAUACCGUGUUAUGUUGAUGGUGUGCCCACUCCGACCGUUCGAUGGCUUAUUGAUGGACUGGAAAUAAAUGUUACAACUAAAUAUAAAAUCUACAAGGAUAACACUUUAAGUUUUAGAAGUUCAAUCGACGACAGGGGCGUCUAUACAUGUGAAGCAUCAAACCCAUUAGGAAAAGCGCGCAAAGACGUACACCUAGCUGUUUUUGUUCCUGUGAAUAUAGAAUCACCAAAACAAAGCCUUAUAGAACUGAAAGUGGGGGAUAUACUAAUACUGCCCUGUCAAGCUGAUGGUUUUCCAAAACCAAACAUAGAAUGGAGGUUUUUCAGCAAGGAUUCCAAAAUUGCGCAAAAAACUUUAAGAAAAGAUAUCACAAACACCGUUGUGAUCCCCCGAGUUCAAUUAAGUGAUGAAGGUUUAUAUACGUGCGUGGCAAGCAAUACUAAAAGCUCUUCUAAUAUCACUUAUGAAGUUAAUGUGAAAGCUCCUCCAACCAUAUUUAACACGUUACGAGACAAAACUAUUGAGGCUGUUAAGGGGGAUUUAGUUUUAAGGCUCCCAUGCAUAGUAGAAGGUCGUCCGAAACCAACGGUUACGUGGACAUUUGAAAAUGGAUUGAAUAUAGUUACAGGCACUGAAUGGUACGACGUUGAAGAAGAUGGUACGCUAAUUAUAAAAAAUAUAGAUGAGGAUGGUGCUGGUGACUAUAUAUGUAAAGCAGAGAACCCACUGGGGUCAAGUUUUGAAAACUAUAAAGUUAUUGUCCUUGAUUCUCCAACUUCAGAUGGUAAUAAUGAUACAAUACUAAUUUUAGAAGAAGGAAGGUCAUUCAGUGUCGACUGUGGAAUGUCUCAUAAGAAAAGUGAUUUAAUACGCUGGUUUAAGGAUGGAAGAUUUAUUAAAAAUGGCGAUUUAACUCUAAACAAUGUGAAUACAGCUGACUCUGGUAUAUACAGUUGCCGUGUCAGCAAUUUCAAAGUCUCCCAUUCGUCUCAUUACAACAUUAUUGUUGGUUUCAAACCGACUUUUACUUCUGAUGAAGAAACCGAUAUUGACUUCAUUGAGGAUUCCGUUACUGCUUUAUCAUGCAACGCUCGUGGAGAACCAAAGCCUAAGAUACAAUGGUGGAAAAAUAAACAACUCAUUGAAGAAACAUCUAUGACCCAUAUUUUGUUUAUGGAAAGUAGCGAUAUUGGACAAUACACGUGCAGACUUAGCAAUGAAUUUGGAAAUAUAAGCCGAACUUUCAAUAUUGUUGUUUCAAAUGAGUGCACAUUGAACAUUGAUAAAAGUUUUGAAAUGAAACAGCCUUUACUAUUAUCAUCCGAAGACAUUAAUCUCCCAGCCCUUCGAAGUGCCGAUGGCCUGCUCAAGAUCCCAGCUGAACAUAGCAUUCUUAUGUUUUGCCCGAACAGUUUCAUAAAUAUUGAUGGCAUCAAAUACGGAGAUCAUCUCAACGGCUCCUGCGUUGAUAACUCAAUACUAAACAUCAAUGGAAUAAAUGUAGAUUUUUCUAAUAUAAGAUGUAACGAUAAAAUCGUGCCGUUAACGAAGAGCACUGGAGUUCACUGCGGUCCUGGGAAUACCGAACUAUUGAACAUAGGAUAUGAUAUAGGAUCUGAGUUUGUUGGUAUCUAUGAUGUCUGUAUCAACAAGGACAGCAAACUUCCACUUUAUACUAAGUUCGACAUGUAUCCAAUAAUUGAAGACACUAUCCCGAAUGAGAAAAUAGAAUUUGUUGGAAGUAAACAUUUACCUUUUAAAUUCGAAGACAUGUACAAUUGUUUGCUACAACGGCACAGCAUUUUGUCUUUAACUGGAAAACGUCUAAGUACAGACAACAGAUGCUGUUUUGCUAAACGACAGUUGGUGAACCCCAGGGACGUGGUUCCUGGAUACCAGCAAGUUGCAACCUAUAAUUACUUGAAUGUUAUACCGAAAUGGGGUACUUGCGGCACAGAGAAUUGGGAUGAAGUAGAAGAAAGAGUCAGAAGUCUGGUGAAGGAGUUAGGUCAUCCACUAGAAGUUUACACAGGUUCUUCCCAUUUGAUGAAGCUUCCAGCACAGCCGAAAGAAAAUACUGUACAUUUGGUCGACAGAUUCAACAGACAGCAACCCGUGCCGCGUUAUACUUGGAAGGUAAUAGUCGAUCAUUACGAGGCCAGAUCAGUCGCUAUUAUACAGAUCAACAUUCCUGAUAUCACUUUGUAUCAAGCCUUUUCCUUCAUGCUUUGCAAAGACAUUUGCCAUGAAAUAGAAUGGAUGAGAAGUGCGGAUUGGAGGGACGUCAAGAAGGGAUUCACAUUUUGCUGCAAAGUCAAAGACUUCGAGACAGCAUUUGGUUACAAAGACACAUUAUUUCAAAUCCGUGAAUUAAACUCAAAGGUUUUAAUAAUAUGAAAAUUGGGAUAUUAUACUCCUACAUAAUAUGUAACUACUAAUAUAAGGUUCUCGCUACAGAAGUAGAAACAGAAGUCGAUUUUAAGUUCUCAUUAUUUUAUUCAUAAGGUUUAUAUAAGUUCAAUAACUUACAUAGAUUUUUUGUACCCAGUUUUAUAUGUAAUAAAUUUUAAUUAA